ACCCACUUCACCCUCACAGCCCACCUUCCCACUUCAUUUCCGCUAAAGGCUCCGCCCCCACCCCCAGUGCGAGUAGCCGUAUCCCGUAGCAACUGCCGCGCUGUGUUUGGGGUAAUGCGAGUGCAAUGAAUGCGCGCAGCCAGUGCUUGGAGUCGGAAGCUACUGCAGCACUUCGGCCGACUUCAUGAAUAACGCUGCUAAUGGCAACCCAAGUUACAGCAUUACACGCUGAAAAAUUAAAGAGGUCACUUCAAAAACACUGCUAUUAUAAUAAUGAGAAACCACAGAGAGCAUUAAUUGAAGCACUUGCUGAAACCAGUGAAAAACGUCUAGAAGAUGAUCAGAAAUCCAUAGAAUGGCUGGUUGGAGAUGGAUGGGAAGAAGCCGUAUGUGGCUGGCGUACACUCUCUCCAGCUGCUGGUCUGCUUCCUCGGAAGAAAACAAGGAAGCACAAAUCGCUGGAUAACGUUAGCUGUCUCAUUUGCUUAGAUAUAUAUCAAGUCACAGAAACAGAAAGUAAAAAUGGGACUCCAGAUAGGAAAACCUCGGCAGCAUCGCUUCCAGAGAAAUCAGGAUCCAAUAACUUGCUUACAUAUUAUGCUCAACAGCCCUCGGAGGAAGACAUAGCUUUCAGCAAAACAGAUCACUGCCUUUCAGCUCCGAUGGUUUCCAAAACAGAAACGGAUUGUGAUAGAGUAUCCAGAGUAUCCAGCGCUGAAGUAUCCACUGGAGAACAAGCUCCAAGUAAACAAAGCAAUUCUGAAAGCUGCACAUCUUUAAUGGUGAUGAAGGAAAUAAAUGUUUCAGUGUGUGCAAACUGCUGCAAUACCAAAGACUUGUCUUUAAGUUCCCCUGUUGUGCUGCCUCCUCUGAAAGCACCAGCUGGAACUGGGCAGAUGGAUCCAAUGCUAAGAAACAAAAAUAUCCCAGUUCAGCAAUUUGAAAGGCUGCCUUCAAAGACCUUACUAGGAAGCUCUGUAUAUAAUCAAGUUAUUGGCAGUGUAGAACUAAAAGGAGAGAGACUUGUUGAACCGAUCUGUGAACUUCAGAGAGAACAGGUUAAAGUACCGCACGCAUUGUCUUUUCUAACGUCUUGCAUCCCAAAAACACCUCUAAGAGAUGCAGACCACCUUUACUGGCAAUGUGCUUUUCUAGCAAAUAAAUCAGUCACGACUACCCCCGCUAUAUUAAAACAAAACAGUAACCUUCCCCAUAUGGGUUUUUUGCACACAAGAGCAACACUAAACAAGCGAAGUAUCAGACAUGGUAAUGAGGUGAAGUCAAAAAGUAGUCCAAAGUCAGGGACCACCACUUUUCUUGACAGCCCUGUUCUACCUUCGAUAACUGUAACUAGGGUAGCAAUACCAGUAGCUAACAGACCUCUGUAAAUAGCUGAAUGUACUGUGUUUCCUGGAAUCUUGUACAGAUGUUCUACACUUCUCCGCUCUUCAUCUACCAAACAUAGUUGUGUAUUUUAUAAUCUUUGUAAAUAACUACCUCUAUUAAUUGUAUAGUCUGUCUGUGCCAAUAAAAAUAGCUAUUGUCAAAAUGGUACCAUGGAUAAUGUUACCUUAUACUAAACUAGGGAUGCACCGAAUCCACUAUUUUGGAUUCGGCCGAACCCCCGAAUCCUUCGUGAAAGAUUUGGCCGAAUACCGAACCGCAUCCUAAUUUGCAUAUGCAAAUUAGGGGUGGGAAGGGA